AUGCGGCUCCUCCUCACCAUCACCGGCCUCAUCGCCACCUUCCUCACGACCGUCUCCGCCACCGCACUAACCUACCUCCUCGGUUCCCACGAACGGGCGUGCUUCUUCGCCCAUGUCGAGAACAAGGGCAGCAAAGUCGCGUUUUACUUUGCCGUGCAGAGUGGCGGCAGUUUCGACAUUGAUUACGUUGUCUCUGGGCCUGUUACGGGCGACGGUACCAAUGACAGGGUGAUUUUGGAUGGCUUCAAGGAACGGCAAGGGGACUUUGUGUUUACGGCGAAUGAGGUGGGCGAGUACAAGUUUUGCUUUAAUAAUGAGAUGAGUACAUGGACGGAGAAGAUGGUGGAUUUUGAGAUUGCUGUUGAAAACGAGACCGAACGCGCCAAAAUCCCAUCGAAACAAGGCUCCUCGCCCGAACAAACCUCUGUGCUCGAAGAAUCCAUCCUCAAGGUCUCGGCCCAACUCUCGACCAUCUCCCGCAACCAAAAGUACUUUCGCACGCGCGAGAACCGCAACUUCAGCACGGUCAAGAGCACCGAGAAGCGCAUCUUCAACUUUAGCCUGAUGGAGAGCGGGCUGAUUGUCACCAUGGCUGGCUUGCAGGUCUUCAUCGUUCGCUUCUUCUUCCAGGGCGCCCGGAAAGGUAUCUUGUGA